UUUUGGGCUGGAUUUGAUUUGGAGCUUUGAGCUCCACCCUGCAAUGCACUGCUCUGCUUCACUCUCGAUCUCCUCGCGCUCGAAGCUGCCAUCGCCAUGGACGAGUAGAAUCGUCGGGACAACUUGCUUGCUCGUCACCGUAGGGCCAUAGCUCGAUCUCCAUUGAUGAGGUAAUAGUUAUCCUCAAACCGCUGCAAUCUUCUCCCUUCCAAUCUCCACCGACAAUGAGCACCUGCCCGAUCUGAUCACUACGAGCUCCCCAAAUGCGUGGCCUGAACUUGAAGCGGAACCCCCGCCAAUGGCGGCUCUGGGACCUCCUGUCCGCCGCGCUUCUCGCCUUCGUCCUCGCCUUCUUCUUCGUCCUCGUCGCCUACUCUCCGCUCGGCAGCUCCCGCUCCUCCUCCUCCGCCAGCCGGCGCCAGGCCGUGAUAGUUGCCGUCCGGGAUCGCAGCAGCGUCAUCGCGGCGGUAGAAUCGGGCAAGCUGGCCCCGCGCCACAUAGAAAUCUGCCCUGCUGAUUACGUCGACUACAUGCCCUGCGAGGACCCCAAGCGCAGCAGUCAGCUUAGCAGGGAGAUGAAUUAUUACCGGGAGCGGCACUGUCCCCGGCCGGAGGAGACGCCGCUCUGCUUGAUUCCUCCGCCGAAGGGGUACAAGAUCCCAAUACUGUGGCCCGACAGCCUCAACAAGAUAUGGCAUAGCAACAUGCCACACAAUAAAAUUGCCGACAGGAAAGGUCAUCAAGGAUGGAUGAAAGUAGAAGGGCCUUACUUCAUAUUCCCAGGUGGUGGCACUAUGUUCCCUGAUGGUGCCGGACACUACAUCGGAAAACUUAAGAAGCAUGUUCCUCUAGCCGGUGGUGUCAUUAGGACUGCACUUGAUAUGGGAUGCGGGGUAGCUAGCUUCGGGGGAUCUCUGCUAGCAGAAGGCAUCUUAACAAUGUCAUUUGCUCCAAGAGAUUCACACAAGUCACAGAUACAAUUUGCUCUGGAAAGGGGAAUUCCAGCUUUCGUUGCCAUGCUUGGAACUCGCAGGCUUCCCUUCCCUGCCUUUGCUUUCGAUUUUGUACACUGCUCUAGAUGUUUGAUCCCGUUUACAGCCUACAAUGCAACAUAUUUCAUUGAGGUGGAUCGGUUGCUCCGCCCAGGAGGCUAUCUAAUCAUCUCUGGCCCUCCUGUUAAGUGGGCCAAACAGGAGAAAGAGUGGGCAGAUCUCCAGGCUGUGGCUAAAUCACUGUGCUAUGAGCUCGUUGUCGUAGAUGGAAAUACUGCUAUCUGGAAAAAGCGUACUGGAGAUUCAUGCCAUGAAAAUGGCCCUAAAUUGUGCGAUGAGUCUGAGGAUCCAAAUGUUGCAUGGUACUACAAAAUGAAGAGAUGUGUAAGCAGGACAACUUAUGUCAAGGGAGCAUAUGCUGUUGGAGAUAUCCCAAAAUGGCCAGAGAGGCUGACAAAAGCUCCUGAUAGAGCCGCAGUUGUGCAAGAUGGGAUUGAUGUUUUUGAGACUGAUAGAGAGCGGUGGGCAAGGAGGGUGGCUUAUUAUAAAAAUUCAUUGAAAUUGAAGUUGGGAACUGCUGCUAUACGCAAUGUCAUGGACGUAAAUGCAUUUUUUGGAGGUUUUGCGGCAGCACUCUCGGCUGAUCCUGUGUGGGUGAUGAACAUCGUUCCCUCUCACAUGCCAUCAACUCUAAGUGUAAUUUAUGAUAGAGGCCUAAUUGGAGUCUAUCAUGAUUGGUGUGAGCCUUUCUCGACGUAUCCUCGUACGUAUGACUUCAUUCACGUUGAUGGGAUUGAGUCCCUUGUAAAAGAUCAAGGUUUGAGAAAAACCAGAUGUAAUCUUGUGGAUCUGAUGGUGGAGAUGGACCGGAUUUUGCGACCCAAAGGUACAGUUCUUAUUCGAGACUCACUUGAAGUUAUAGAGAGAGUCGAUCGGAUAGCUCGUGCUGUGAGGUGGAAGACUGUAAUACACGAGAAUGAACCCGAGUCACACAGUGGCGGAAAGAUCCUCGUCGCAACAAAAGAGUUUUGGACACAUGGUCGUUGUAGAUGGGAUGAAUCUCGACCCGACUGAGAUGAACGGGAGGCGUGAAUGGACUGGGUCGGAGUCCAUUAUUUUGCUGUCAUCAUCAAUCUCUGUCAGAGGUCUGCACAGAUUGAAUGUCUCAUGCGCAUCUCAGACACAAUCGUAUGGGUCGACUGGACCCCGCAGGGGUGGCUCAUCACAUGUAAAAGCUCCUCCAAGGUCAGCCCAUGGACCCCAUCUGAGCCUCUCAGAGCCCACCAUGCCCCACUCCGGUUGACAGAGGGAGAUGUCCUUUCUUUUGGGAGAAGAAACGGAAAACGUCAAAUCAGAACUUCUAAAAUUUUGUUUGAUUUUCAAAUAAAAAA